AUGGGAAAUACGGAUAGCGUGCACGACGUGGAGAUGAGUUCUCUCUCCAUGACAUCGAGCAACGAUCGAUCUCGAAUUAGGAGGACGCCCAUGCGCCCGAUGAUAGCGGAAUACGACCCAAAGAAGCACGGUGUGAAAACUGAACUGUCAGACAUGAUUGUCCUCAAAUACAAGUGCGAGAAAAAUGAUGUACCGAUCACCGUGACGAAUGGAUCGACUUUGCCUCUCGUGGAACGUCAAAACGACGAAGAAGCAGCACUUUAUGAUCCAUUCGAGCAUCGAAAAUUGGCUCAUCCUACCUCGGAUUUAGAUACGCUGAUACAUCUGCUCAAAGGAAGUCUCGGUACUGGCAUACUGGCUAUGCCAUUGGCAUUCCGAAAUGCUGGUCUCGUUUUCGGUCUUUUUGCGACUUUCUUCAUAGGCGCCAUUUGCACUUAUUGCGUACACAUAUUGGUCAAAUGCGCCCACGAUCUUUGUAGAAGGACGCAGACCCCGAGUUUGGGAUUCGCUGAUGUCGCCGAGACGGCCUUUCUCGUUGGUCCGGAAGGCGUACAAAAGUAUGCUCGGCUGGCCAAGGCCACCAUCAACUGUUUCCUAGUGAUCGAUCUGAUCGGUUGUUGCUGCGUAUAUAUCGUAUUUAUUGCGACGAAUCUCGAAGAGGUGGUAACUUAUUAUACGAAAAUGGGCGAGGAUUGGGAAGCGGUCGAUCGUUUGAGAUUAUACAUGGCCGCCCUUUUACCAUUCCUCAUUGUCUUUUCUCUCGUGAGAAAUCUCAAGUACCUGGCCCCAUUUUCAAUGCUUGCCAAUAUAUUGAUCGCUACAGGAAUGGGCAUAACUUUCUAUUACAUUUUUACCGAUCUACCAACGAUCAGCGAUGUGCCAAAUUUUUCGAGCUGGGCUCAACUUCCCCUAUUUUUCGGUACAGCGAUCUUCGCUCUCGAGGGUAUCGGCGUCGUAAUGCCCUUGGAGAACAACAUGAAAACGCCGACCCAUUUCAUCGGUUGUCCCGGAGUCUUAAAUACCGGCAUGUUCUGCGUCGUCUUACUUUACAGUACCGUCGGUUUCUUUGGUUAUUGGAAGUACGGCGAGCAAACGGCCGCAUCGAUCACCUUGAAUCCGCCACAGGAUGAGAUACUUGCACAAUCGGCGAAGAUCAUGAUCGCCAUUGCGAUAUUCUUUACUUACGGCUUGCAAUUCUACGUACCGAUGGAAAUCAUUUGGAAAAAUAUCAGGCAUUACUUUGGCUCGAGAAAGAUUAUGGCCGAAUAUUCCCUUCGGAUAUUUUUGGUUAUAUUCACGGUGUCCGUUGCUAUCGCAAUGCCAACCCUCGGUCCAUUCAUCUCGCUGGUAGGUGCGGUUUGUCUAUCGACUCUUGGAAUGAUGUUCCCGUCGGUCAUAGAAUUGGUAACAGUUUGGGAACAAGACGACGGCCUUGGUAAAUACAAGUGGAGACUUUGGAAGAAUAUUGCCAUCAUUUCGUUCGGCGUGCUCGGCUUUCUAACCGGCUCUUACGUCAGUAUCAAGGAGAUCAUCGAGCAAAAGUGAAAAGCAGAUUUGGCAAGACGAGGAGCAGCGAUGCGACCGAAUUAACGAUCCUCCGUUGCGUAUUACGAACGCCCGGUAUGUUCUUGUGCUUAACCUCGCUCGCUCGCGAACGCAACUGCGAUCACCUCGUCCGCUCGCGUUCCCACUUCCCGGAAGGAGAAAGAAGAUGAAGAAAGGCCGCGUAAAAAGACGUCCGAAAAGGACAAGUAAAUAGCGAGCACGAGUACGAAUCGCUUAUACUUUUCUCUUUACUAUCACGAUCUCCGAUAGUGAUAUCGAUGAUCGUAUUGACGAUGAGGACGCAAUCAAAUCCCCCCCUCCCCCUUCCGCUUUCACUUUUAUUCCUUUUUUCUUAUUAAGUUGUGCUAGAUAUCAUUCGAGAACGCCGUCGUACAAUACACGUCGUAUAUAAUAAAUAGUUCAUCGCGUUACACGUUAAUUACGACUUCAAACCAACGGACUUUAUUACUACGACAAUCGGGCUUCGACGAAGGGCGUUCGACGGGAAGCCAACGAUCAAUGCGAUUGUGCCAAUUGUAAAAAAAGCAACAGUGAGAUUAUGAUGAGUCUUCGACUGUAAUUGUAGGACGGAUCUUUUAGAAAUUUUUCGUUGAUUAUUUGUACGGCAAAUUAGUUUGUACGCACUUAAGUUUUGAUCAUAAUCACGCGGAUUAUAUUUAAAACGUCUUUUAUAUCUUCCUCUUGACGUAAAAUUGAAAAAUCUUAAAACUUAUACUCGUCGAAAAAUCGCAAAUGCGAUGCAGAGUAAAUUACGAGUAAAAGGGAAAUUCGUUAAUGCAUAUGCUUUGCUCUUACUCUCUUUCGAAAUUUUUUUUGCGUAUUUGAAAGUAGGGGAAAAAGAAAGAAAAAGAAG